CUAUAAAGACGGUGGCAUCUUGGGGGGAAGCAUUCAGUAAAGUCUGGAUAUUGACCAGAUCGUGAGAGACUUGGUAGACAUGAGAAUUUUGUUUCUCACGGUGUUAGUGGGGCUGCUGGCCUUGGCCGUGUGUGAGAAGAAAAAGGAGAUUACGAGUAAGCCGAGCAAAAAUGCUGAACGCGAGAAAAAACAGGAAAAGCGCGGACUGAUUCAUGUCGAGGCAGAUGGAGGCUUUGGAGGACAUGAUGACGGUGGCGGUUAUGGUGGCGGUUAUGGUGGCGGUUAUGGUGGCGGUUAUGGUGGCGACGGCGGCGGCUUUGAAACUUCCCACGAUAUCGGCGGCGGAGAUAUUGGUGGCGGACACGACAUUGGCGGUGGUUAUGAUGGUGGUUACGGUGGCGGCGAUAGCGGUGGUCAUGAUGGUGGUUACGGCGGUGGCGGUGGCGGUGGCGGUGGCGACGACGGUGGCAAGAUCAAGCAAAUCACGAUUGUGAAGACCGAGAAGGUACCUUAUCCGGUCGAGAAGAAGGUUCACUAUCCGGUGGAAAAAGAAGUACCGUAUCCGGUUAAAGUGCCAGUACCGCAGCCAUAUCCGGUCGAGAAAAAGAUCCCGGUACCGGUGAAGGUUUUGGUAAAGGUACCGGUUCACAUACCGCAGCCGUAUCCCGUCGAGAAAAAGGUGCCUUAUCCGGUUCACGUGCCGGUAGAAAGACCGGUACCCUACAAAGUAUAUAUCCCCCAGCCGUAUCCAGUCGAGAAGAAAAUAACGUAUCCAGUGAAAGUACCGAUACCGCAACCGUUCCCAGUGGAGAAGCCCGUGCCGUAUACUGUGAAGGUUCCAGUACAUGUAGCGCAACCCUUCCCCGUGGAGAAACCAGUACCGUACCCCGUGACAGUGCCCAUUGAACGACCGUACCCAGUACACGUGGCUAAACCGUAUCCGGUCCCGGUCGAGAAACCAGUACCGUAUCCAGUUGAGAAGAAAGUACCCUACCCAGUCAAAGUUCAUGUGGAGCGACCAGUAGGAGUGCCAGUAGAGAAACCAGUGCCCGUCCACAUUAAAGUACCGGUGCCGGCGCCGUAUCCAGUAGAGAAGCCAGUACCUGUGCCGGUCGAGAAACCGGUGCCCUAUGCCGUAAAAGUGCCUGUCGAACGACCCGUGCCGGUUCACGUGACGAAGCCAGUGGCUGUGCCGGUACCCAAACCGGUACCAUAUCCCAUAAAAGUGCCGGUAGCGGUACCAGUGCACGAGCACGACUCCGGAGAUGGAGGUGACUACGAGUCCAGCUUCGGGGGAUAUUCGGGAUACUCGGGACACUAUUAAUAUCGAAAAGCGUGGCAGUGGAGGAUUUUUUUCUUUUUCAAUUGAAUAGAAAGAACUUAAUUGAAAAGAAAUUAACGGAAGAGAAAAGGAAAUGCGAUAAGAUGAAGUAAUAAUCAAACGUAAAUAAUCAAAUUUCUUAAUUCGACUCGAUGAUUUUAGUCAAUUUGUAUAUAAAAAUAUUAAAUUGUAUUAAAUUGUGUAUAUAUUCAUGGGAAAAAAAAAAAACUAGAAUUAAAUCGUGUGUUAAUUUGUAGAGAUUAAAUUCGAGAUAUACA